CCAAGACUUACUCGAUUGUUACGGUCUUGGUGUUUUGCCAACAACCCCGCAUCAUCCGAUGACCAUGGUUGUAAGGAGUAGCUGCACCGCUGACAUCUUACACACCGCUGUGAACAGCUGUCAACUCGCAACACCAACCAAAGCUGAUCUUACACCCCAUUGAAGAACACACCUGACCUGGACUGAAAACCGAGUACCCGACCGCGCUUAUAUAGCCUACAAUUGCCCAUACUGCAGGGUACAAAGCAUCUACAGAUCAACGACAGGACAACAUGGACGUCUUUCAGAAGAAGACACUGAAUACCUCGCGAGGGUACACAUACACCUACUAUGUAGCUGACGGCGACAAGUCACUACCAACACUCAUCUUCCAACAUGGCUGGCCCGACCAUGCUGCAAUAUGGAAGGAUGUCGCAACAGGCCUGCGCUCUACGAAUCAUCCCAUGAUCAUCCCCGAUCUCCUCGGAUACGAUGGUACAGACAAGCCAACUAAUCCUGCCGAGUAUGCAUUCGACAAGAUGACCAAGGACGUUAUCGAGAUCGCAGACGCUGAAGAUGCACCAAAGGUGGUUUCCAUUGGCCACGACUGGGGCUCCGGUCUUGCUUCACGCCUCUACAACCACUAUCCUGAUCGAGUCAUCGGUCUGAUCAACCUCAAUGUGGCCUACAUGCCUCCCACUGGCGACCACUUCGAUCUCGACAAGUUCAACGCUGUCAUCAAAGAGCACAUGGGCGCAGCACUGUUCUCUUACUGGGGCGUGUUCGCGGCUGAAGAUGGUCCCAAGCUCCUCUACGACAACCUUGAGCGCACAUUUCGCGCCCAGCACGGCCAGGGCAAAACCAUGGCCGAGCUCUUCACCGUCGAGGGCGCUAUGAGGAACUAUCUCAUCAACGGUGGCCACGAGUACGAAUUGCGCACAUAUGCUCAAGACCCAGCGUUCAAAAAGACAUUCAUUGACCGCAUGACCCGGGACCGUUUCGAUGGACCGCAGUGCUGGUACCGUGCUAUGGUACAGAACGUUCAGUCAGCGAGCGACAAGGAGCUACCCACCGACAGGAAGGUAGUCAAGGUGCCUGCGCUGUACAUUGGAUGCCACGAUGAUCCUGUUUGUCGACCGGAGACUAUGGCGCCGUACAAAGCGCAGCUACUGCCACACUUAGAGGAGGCGGAGAUGAUUGAUGCGGCGCAUUGGGUGUUGUAUGAGGCGCCGGACGAGGUUGUGAAGAGGAUUGAGCCAUGGUUGAAGAAAACCUUCGGGAAGCAGUAAGGCGCUUGUAGAACGAUAAGAUAUUCGUCGCGCACGAAGGCUCGUGUAGUUACGGACGAAAAACAGAGUUUCACAUGGUAUCCUAGGC